AUGGUCAGCAUACCUAUCCGGGAGUUGGGUACUACAACUCUCAGAAAGAUGCGGGUUUUAACAAGGGAGGCGGGGCAGCCUUGGAGGAUAUUGGAGGAUGACAUAAUCGAGCCGAUUCGGUGGGAGGAUCCGGAGGUCAUUCAUGAGCCUACCUUUGCAAGGCAUCAGAGACCUAGGCAUGUAGAGCCUGAUUAUCCGAAGCAUACUCUUGGAGAUGUGAUGCGGAGUCUCACCAUUGCACGGGGGGCGGCGUUGGAUGAUGAGUUGGCUUGUCGUGGUGAUACGGUGUAUGGGGAUGGCCAUCUGCCCUUUCCUGGUGCAGAUCACAUUGUACCACCCCCUUCUUAG